CCGCUUAGCUUGGUGAUGGCGUCCAAACUUCACAUUUAGCAGAAAAGCGAGGCUUAGCAACUGUUUCUGAUUUUGUUCGGAAGCCUUUUGGGUCAUAUAGGGAGGAUAACGCCCACUUCCAUUUAGCGAGUAGCUUUUAAACGUUGUUGAGGGUUACCGCUGGUUGCCGUGGAAACGGAACGUGAGCGCGCAUAGAGGCAGGAUCGAGCAGGAAGUCCAACACAAUUGAGUAAAGACCGUGAAUCAUAAACGCCUCUCGACUGAGGCCAUGGAGCACCAACCGAAACCUCCCAGCCCGUUCAUCUCACGGCGCAGAUCUUUGAUAAAAACAAGUGCUGAAAUUGUCAGUGAAGCAAGACGGUCACUGAGAGUUCCACACACCCAGCGGCCGUUUACACCUGGAGAUGGACAACGGCAGCUGUUUGGGGGAACUUCUAUCCGUGCAUGUCAUGAAAACAGACCUCCAUCCACCUUCAGCCUUAGCUCACAGAAUUUCUAUGCUCCUGACUCAAGACCUGGUUCUGGGACUCGCCUCUCUCCUUUGGACCAUAAGCCAAAGUUACCGAAUCUGUGUAGUGGUGAGGACCCUAUUAAGGCCAUUCCAAGACCCCCAACUGUCCCGAUGGCUGAGAAGAAGGGGCUGAUGGGCGCACGUGGACGUCUCCUCAGAGCUGGCUCCCUCACUCUCCUGCCUCCCGUAGAGAGAAACACACAUGAGAAGAAGUCACCUAGAGGACACAUCUGUGAAGGCCACACUGAGGUCUGCGGCAGCAAACAAGGCCCACGCAGGACAGCCAGUGAAAGCCAUAUAGAUCCGCCCGGUGUUGACUCAGGAGUCGGACCAACAACGGGACGGAGAACGGGCGACAACACCAGCACAGAUGAGGAGGAAGCCAUUUGGAAUUCAGCAGUUGCUCCUCUGCUGCUUCAACUGGAGGCUGCAGGAGCUGCAGAACAGUCUGUGGAGGUGACGUGCGGUGUGUGCGACAACGUACUCGACAGCCUGGCGAAGGCGAACCUGCUCGGGCGGAAGUGUAAGAGGAGGUCCAGUCUUCUCCGGACGCUGUUUCGAUUCAUUGACUUGGACUCUGCAAAGCUCAACCUGCACGUUGCCAAGCUCUGCCUCGCUCUGAGUGUCAGUGGAAACAACCUGCUGAACAUCUGCAAACUCGUCUUCAAGAUCAGCCGGAGCGAAAGUAACGACAGGUUCUUCCAGGACUCGUCCAUCAUAGACUCGCUGCUGGCCGUGCUGCUCAGCGAGGACGCGUCCACCUCAGGUGAAGCUCUCGUGUACGUGGUCGGUGCACUGAAGUUUAUAUCCGGGAACAAAGCGAUUCUCCGGCUGCUGCUCGAUAAGAAGAUCUUCAGUGUAGCACAGAAGCUUCUGAGGAGUCUCUCCCAGCUACAAGAGGAGCACCUCACGAUAGCAGGACACAUCUUAGUUCAGCUCACAGUGCUGCUCAGGAACCUGGCAGAUCAGCCAGAAUCUCGCCCACUUUUUGUCUCCCACACGAUCCUGCCGGAGCUCUGCCAGGUGCUCCGCCGCCAUCGCCAGGACCAGGACGUCUGCACCAACGUUUCCCGAAUAUUCAGUAAACUCUCCUCUUACACCGAGUGUCGCCUCUCUCUGGCCCAGACCCCCGGCUGCUACCAGCUAUUUUUAGAACUGCUGAGCAAACAUCUCCAAAAAAAGGACCUUGUGGUGCGCAUCCUCUUCACUCUGGGUAACCUGGCAUCCAAAAGCCAUGAAGCUCGCCUGCAGAUGUUCCAGUGUGAAGGCUGCGUGGACACUCUCCUCCGUCUUUACGACAGCAACCAGCGGCGACCGACUGUGCAGGGGGGCGAGGACGUGCUGGUGAAGCUGGUGUGCUUGCUGGCAAACAUGUGCAUUCACCCAGACGUGGGUCCAGAGUUGGGCUCCAACGUGACGUGUGUUCAGCUGCUGAUAGAGACGCUGGAACUGCUGAGCGUGCAGGAGAACAAGGAGCUGCUGGUGAACGUGGCGGUGACCAUCAACAACCUGUCCUUCUACCUGGACAAGAGCGCCGUGCUUCAGCAGAGGCUGCUCACCGUUUGCCGGCUGAUGUUGAAGUUGAUGCUCAGCUCCGACAUGGACGCCGUGCUGGAGGCCACGCGAGUGUUCGGGAACCUGACCAAUGAGAAGGCAGCGCGGGACUUCAUCAUGCAGAACAAAGUGCACCGCUUUUUGGUGACGCUGCUGGACUCCAAAAGCCCGGAGGUGUGUUAUUCGGCCAGCGGGGUCCUCAUCAACCUGGCUCUGGAUCCCCCCAGUCGGGUUGGUCUGGCUCAGGAGGGCGCUGCAUCCAAACUGGUCGACUGCUUGAAAGACUUCGGGGCCGGUGACUGGCAGCUGAGUGGGCGGGUCUGCCAGGCUUUGUGGAACCUCAUUGGCUGUGGCUGCUCUGUGAUGCUGUUGCAACGUGAGGAGAAGGAGUCUCUGCUGGACAUCCUGAGCUUCUACUGUGAUAAACAAAAUAUGGCAGGCGAUGAGGCCGACUGGCACCUGGCUUGCUGGGAGCUGGACUUCCUCCCUGUAGCUCACAAGCUCCUCCAGACCCUCCAACCCGAGCACUGAUCAUGUGACGUCUCAGAUCAGAGCAUAUUUAUAUUCAUAAGUAUCAGAGGACCAGCUUCAGGGAAGUUUUUUGGAUUCAAUGUCUGAGUCAACUUUGUCAUAGACAAAUGUAUAUAUUUAAAUAUGUCAGAAUUCUUACUUGCUCGCCCCAAAAAAUGUGACUUAUUUCCACCUCAUUUCCACCUAGAUGGACUUAUAACACCAACAUUCUGUGUUUCUAGGUUUAAAGCUUGACUUAAUAUAUUUAUUUUGAACUUGAGGACGGGAUGGCAUCUCAAAACUCCGACUUAUCUGAUGUACUCUGAACUAGAAUUUUGAAGGUUCGACUUGGUGUGUUGGAUGUCCAGAUACCAUUUCAUAUAUAUAUGUAUAUAUGAUAUUCCAUUCACUUCUCUAAGCUUUGUCACCUCAUAGUGAAUUGAAGUGAUGUUUGCGUGGUGAAGUUAAGAGCUGGUAGCUCUGGAGAUGGUGUGACAGUGUUUGUAAUAAAC